UCCACACUACGGCGGCCGCUAGAGGACAGUCCAGUCAACUCGCCGGGAGUCUGACAGACAGAGAACUCGAGUUCGCAGCCGCCCGGGAGCAGAUAUGGAUGUGCCAGAGGGGCCCCUUCCCGAAUACUUGUCUCCAGAAAACGAAGUUAUAAAUAACGAAAGGGCAGAGAAUGGCACAACUUCUGAAACACUGGCACCAUCACAUCCUCGGGAUAGUCACCUGAAAGAAGUUGAGUUGCGAGAUGAUGAAACCAAACAGGAGACACUUCUAGUUGUCUCUGAGGAACAUGGUGACCUGUCCUCAAGAACAGAUGAAGAAAAUUCUCUUACAAUAGUGAAGAAGGAGACACCUCAAGAAGAAAGAAGAUCACCACCACUGUCCAAAAUCACCUCCAUGGAUGAAGUACGAGAGAUAGGCACCACCAAUCUAGAGGUCUUGAAAGAUGGCGACACCAAUAUAUCUAGUCAUGGAAAAAGGAAGACUGCACCUAUGGAAGACUCCUCAGAAGGAUCUCUUCGUCCUGAAGAAAAAUCUGAGGUUAUAUUUGGACCUGCACAUGAGAUGAACAUAGAAGCCACGGAUCUGGCUAAUAACUUAGGUGCGGCGUCUACUGACGGAGAAGCCUUGGCACAAAAGAGCCAAGAUCAUGAAGAUGAGGCAGUCAGUCCUGCCGAAACAAUGGCCAGCAACCACGUGGAUGAGUCUACUGAUGCUGUCAAGAAAGAGACCACACAAACUAAUGAAAUUACUGAGAAAGCUGAAGGAAGACAUUCUGCUGAAGAUGUUGUGAAAGACACAACCACCGGAGGAGAUACCGUGCAGUCUGCUAAGACUGUGGACCAGGAGCAGGUGCCUCAUGCACCAGAAGGCAUCAAAGAUGACGUCAUACCACCAGACUCUUACCGGGAGACUAUAACUGCAAGACCUUUACAGCCCCCUGCACAGGGGAUGAACGGUCAUAAGGUUCUGAUCACGGAGUCGAGUCACCUGUCGAGGGCCGCACCGUCCACCCCUCCGGUUUACGAGGACCCCUUUGAUCGUUCUCUCAAGUACAUGGAGAAGCACAACAUCCUGCAGAUAUUCCAGGAGAUCACAGAAGAUCUUGUGUUUGAAAAACCAGAAGAUCCACUGGGGUUUAUGCUUGGAAAGGUCCAGUCAAUGAUGGUCAGCAAGAAGGAUCAGUAAUGACUCCGCCCCCGAGGAACCUGCUGGGAAAUCCUUAUACUUCAACCAUUCAGAUCACUGGCAUCUGCCAUAAAGGAGCAUGUUACACUAGAAGAGACUAUUCUAAUCACUGCUGGUACUUACCCUCCCAGACUGGCAAUGGCUGCCCCCCAGACUAUGUGUGACCACCCCCUCCUACCCAUUAUUCUGAUCAUGCUUUUAUAAGCUUUUCUCAUUUUAAUCAUUGUAUAUUGAGAGGUUCUUUCUAAUUGUCUUAAUGUAAAAAUUCCUCUCCCUUUUCCAGAUCUCUGCUUGCUGUCAGUGAAUGAGAGCAUUCUUGUUUGCAACCAGUGGCUAAAAAGGACCAAAAAGUUUUCACAGCAGAGGGUUUGCUACAUCCUCUUGUGUCAAAAAGCCCAGACCCCUGAAUCUCUACUGAUACAUUGUAACAAACGAUUUGGACUGAAGGGAGAUUUGUUUUACUGGUGUUUUGGUACAAUUGUAACAAACUCUCAGCUGUGAGAAUUAUUAGGUCUGUGUAUGAUUUCAGCCCCCUGGCGUAAAGUAGAAGGUUUCUAUUCACUGAUAAGCAGCACUGUCGCAGUGGAGCCUAUUAUAAGAUGCCUAUGGGUCCUGGAGUGAUACGCUGCAGCUUUAUAAGGGGAGGCCUGACACCCGUCACAGAUCAAUAUACUGAAAAAUCAUAUGAGAAGUUGUCAGCAUUUUGGGUAUUAGGGAUAAGUUAUGAUCUCUGGGGCAGGUUUUCCUCUGGACAAUCGGCUCUUGAAGAACUCUGUAGGCGGUCGCCCUUCCUGACUUGGCUGAUAACAGGGAGCAG